CGUCCGGGGUUACGGCUUAACCGUAACACCCCCUCUUACACUGAGUUCGCUCUUUGCCUUGCACAACGAUGGUCAUUAAGUCUAGCGCGCUCCAUCAUGAGCUAUGGAUUGCUUUCCUAUCGCAAGCUGAGGGUAGCGAGGGAAAUCAACAGUGGACUACAUUUUUUAAAUCUGUUUUUUCUACUCUUUCUGCCACUCUGCGGCAGCGACGUCGAGCGCGCUAAAUGCAAAGAUUUGAUGGUGGGUGCCAUGAGACAGAACGAAUGGCGCUCCUUGGUCGAGUAUGUGGAUGAGAAACUGCGACGCAUUGGGGAUAAGAUUGUUAAGCCCCGUCUCAGUGACGGAGGUCUUCGAUCGGCGUUUGAAGAACCGUAUCGGGGAACGAGACCCAGUCUGUUUAUCAAUACGUUGAAAUCGUAUUGGGGGUCAAGCCGGGGUCCCGACUCAUCUGGGGAACCGUACAAUUGGUCCAUAUCAGUUAUCCAGUCUUCUGGAAUGGGGAAAUCCAGGAUGGUCGAGCAAGCCGCGCGCUCCAUAUUUACGAUUCCGAUCAAUAUUCGCGAGGACAUUGGCUCUCUAUUCCGAAGUGCGCAAUGUUUCAUCGCGGAUUCCAUAUUUGUGAUGACGUUAAUUUCGCCAGCGUACCCUCCUCCGGACGAGGCGUUUCGACAAUAUUUUGAAUCACAUCAGUCGAAAACCGAUCAUUGCCUGCAGGCAGAAUAUGCGAUUAUAUUGGCCUUGCUAUUCGAACAUGCCACCAAGCUUCUUAACGGCCCCACCUUCAAUAAUAAUAAAAAGAAAAAGAAAACGGGAGCAGCGCUAGCACUUGAAUGGACUGAUUAUCUCAACAAAGGACGAACCGAUGCUGAAGUUGGUAACAACAGGAAAAACUUCCUAGAUUCUGUGGCGGCUGAGGCAGUGGAGCUUCGAGCUUCGACGCUGGGUAUGGCACAAGAUAGCGCCCAUGGUAGCCCUAUAGGCCGAAUGAAGGUCUCAUGUUCCCGCUUUGUCGAAGCUCUCCCCGGGGAGGCGGGUGAACUCAAAUGUAUCGUUUAUUUUGAUGAAGCCCACCGACUUACCGAACCCGUCUCACCGGAUCAGCAGAAGGUGACGCGUACUCGCUCGCCCUAUCAUAACCUCGGCAUAGUGCUGGCUGAGCUGACAGAUUGCGCCAUUUUUUUCGUUUUUCUAUCCACGAGUUCUCAUCUCCAGAAACUGGCACCCUCGCCAGCCAGCCAUCCAUCAGUUCGUGUUGCUCAAGGUCGUCGCCUCUUCCCCCCUUUCACCGAGCUGCCGUUCGACGUGUUUGAGAACGAAGUUCUUGAAUCUUUAAAACGCGAUCGGAAGAACCCGAGCCUCGAAAACAUGUGCCAACCCAGUAUAAUGGUAGGGUUUGGACGUAGUUUAUGGUAUGUCCACCACAAAAACUGGGUAGAGAGGAAAGGAAGGCCUGUUAUACCUUUUGCCGGAGAGAAACUGAUCGCGCAAGGGGACGAGACGAGAGUGUUCCACUCUCAAGUGGCUGCGCUGGGGGUUCGCAUUGGGAUAACCUUCGACAUGACCACUCAGGCCUCGAAAGUGAUGGCUGCGGAGCUCGUUGAGUCACACAUGCGCGUUGUUUAUGCCAUUCCCCAACAUCGUGAGUUCAUGCAUAGCGGAACGCCCUCUGAGCCGGUACUGGCCGCGGCGGCAGCAUUGUACCUGAACGAUGACCAUGGGAUAGAGACGCGGGGUCCAGAGGUUCUAGCUCAGGCUUGUGGGAAAGGACUGCUUGCAAAAGGAGAGCGUGGAGAACUCUGCGGUCGACUUCUUGUGACCAUUGCACACGAUCUCGCCUUGACACAAAAGUACCAAAAAGUCACUUAUAAUCCAAAUGACGCACGUUUCCAUCAACCUGUCCCUGUCCUCGAGUUUCUCCAGGCUCUAUUUGCACAGCCAUUCCACGAGACAAUAUUGAAUGCCCACUCGGUGACGGCCAGAGAUGGUGUGCCCACCUUGGGAAAGGCGUUUGCAAAAUCUUAUAUCUGCUUUUCCCAUUUCGCUCUGGCCAAAGAUACCGAAAUGUUGACUGCCCAAAAUCUGGCAGUGGCACUACGGCGUGGAAUGGCCCUCCAAGCCAAAGAUAACCAGGACUCUAUCGAUGCUGUCAUUCCUGUCCAUAUGGGUCCCACAAGCACGACUAUCUUGCCGGAGUCCACAUCAGCCAUCAACUUGCAAUUCAAGAAUCGCAAACGGGCUGUCCCUUGCCAUGUUGAUCGCUCGAUCACUGUUCCGGAAAUUUCCAUGCCAGUAAUAUCGAUCAUUUUCGAGUUCGGAUAUGAGAGGGCAGCAACAGAUUCACUUGUGACCAUCCACACUAAGGCGACACAUCUCACGACUCGCAGCUCUGUAGGCGAAAUGCUCCCAGAUGACCACCAUUAUCAAAUUACCGCUUAUGGUUGCACUUCCGAAACUUUUCAGGCGGUUUCACCGGAUGUCGAGAACCUUUACCCGUCCAUUCUCGCGGCUCAGAGUAUCCUUGAGGACUUUCCUAGAGCAAAAUCUAAAGAGAAUUUGCAAGCCCUCGAGGACCUAAAACCGUACUUUGGUGGUGUUUUAGAAUCAAAGAAACGGUCAGAGGAGUGGGCGAAAUUGAGGUUGGAGGGCAGAAAGCGCCCGAGAUCCACGGAACCAGACAUCACACCCAGAGUCACACGUGCAGCAGCCAAAAACCAGGAUACUGGCAAGGGUGUCUCCAGAGCGUCGGGGAGCUCAACUACCCAAGUCCAACACCCUCGAAAUCGGAAGAGAGGAUAGGCCAAUGGAUGGUGGAUGCAGAGACAGGAUGUGUGCCAUAUGGAUCGCAAGACUUGAUGCAUGUCGAGAAC